GUGCUUGAAGAUAAGUGCCUCAAAAGCCCUCCCUGAUAAUAAACUAAUAAUAAAUAGAGAAGUAUUUAAAUAAAAGCUGCACAGUACUUUGUUAGAAUGUCUUAUACGGGACGUGUUUUAAUUUAUGGGGGUCGUGGGGCUCUAGGAUCAAAAUGCAUUUCAGAAUUUAAAGCUAAAAGUUUUUGGGUUGGAAGUAUUGAUCUAGCUGAGAAUCCAGAAGCACAUUGUAGCAUUGUAAUAAAGAAAGAUGAAGAUUUCAUACAUCAGGAGGAAUCAGUUGUUUCAGCUGUAGGAGAAGCUCUUAAUGGAGAAAAACUAGAUGGAAUAUUUUGUGUUGCUGGUGGAUGGGCUGGUGGAAACGCUACUAAAAAUUUGGCAAAGAACGCUCAACUAAUGUGGCAACAAAGUGUAUGUAGUUCUCUGAUAGCAGCAACUUUAGCAACUAAGUAUUUAAAAGAAGGAGCUGUUAUACAACUUACAGGAGCCAAAGCAGCUCUGGAUCCAACACCAAAUAUGAUCGGUUACGGCCUAGCCAAAUCUGCAGUACAUCAUCUUACAAAAUCUCUAGCUGGAAAAAACAGUGGUGUUCCAAAAAAUACUACAGUUGUAGCCAUUUUACCAGUUACAUUAGACACACCUAUGAAUAGGAAAUGGAUGCCCCAAGCAGAUCACUCGAGUUGGACUCCUUUAGAAUUUAUUGCAGAAUUAUUUUUGAAGUGGCUUAAUGGGCAAGAUAAACCUCCAAGUGGUACCUUACUUCAGUUGGUUACAGAAAAUAACAAGACUAAUAUUACCCCUCUAUAAAACAUUCCGUUAGUUAAAUGAUUUAUGAAAUGUAGUAAAUAACCAAAUUGAAAUUAUGAUCUGGCUAUACUAUUAAUUACUUAAUGAUGUACUAUAUUUUUGUAUAAUUAAUUUAUCUUCAAGAUAUUUUUUUGAAACCUUCCCUCUUUUUUAGAUAUUUUAUAUCUACAUGAUUGCUAUGUUGUGGGACGAAAUAUGAUGAAAUAAAAAGCUUAUAUAUAUAUAUAUAUAUUGUCAACAUA